GAUGUUUGCAACAACCAAAUGUGCAAACGAGUCUGUUUCUUUCUGACCCAGUGCCUUGCAUGGUAAAACACUAAGUGCACAUUGUAGUCGGCAUGCACGUGCAAAAGAAAAAAGUCAUGCCUGGACGUAUGCAUCCGCAAUAUAUGUUCCUUUAAUCCGAGUAGCUGCAAGUGCGGGACUCGAUCCGGUGUUUUCAUCUUCCUGCAGAACUGUUUGAACUAUUUAUUCACUCGCUGGUCAGACCAAUGCCAGUUGUUUCCCCCCCUUCGGCACAGAGCUACUGCCAGGGGUCUCCGCUCACCGGUUGACCGCGUCCUCGGUCUGCAAACGCGAAGGGAUCGGCGGCAUCGACACCCGAGAGAUGUCCGGUCAGGUGAGAGGAACGGUAACCGCCACCGAGGCUCUCGUAACUGUUGCAUGAAAGAGAGAGUGGUCUCCAGAAGUUAAAACGGAGGGGGUUAGGCUCCGGGUUUGCUUUACUGGGUCAUAAUUAUCAUUUGCGUGCCCUGGCUGAGAGACUCUCCGCUGGAUCGACUCAGACCUGAAAUACAGGAUUUUCUCCGCCGACGAUGGCGGACGGGACUCAGUGCAGCACGGAGGACGGAUCUCGGGACGGUUUCUGUGUCGCAGAAGAGGCUGCAUGAGGUUGUCAAGAGGGCCGCACGCUUGCCCUUUUCGCCGGCUCCACCUUCCCAUCUCCUCCUGUUCAAAUCUGUGAAGAAACUAAAUCUGCGCCAGGGGAGGGGGGCUGCUAUCUCCAGAGGGGGAUAAACCCAGAGAGAGAGAGAGAGAGAGAGAGAGAGAGGGAGCACUCCGAGGAAAGGAGUUCAACAUUGCUCUCUUCUCCCCUACCGUCCCCCAAGCGGUGGGGGAACGACCACGAGCCGUUCUCAGAGGGAGUAGGAGACGCACAUAAAGGAACUAGGUUUUCCCUCCGUGGAUCUACAGCAACCUUUUUUUUUUUUUUUUUUUAUUCGCCAAAAAUAUGGCCGAUAAUGUCCUGGAGUCCGGCCCGCCUUCAGCCAAGAGGCCCAAGCUGUCCUCUCCAGCUCUCUCGGUGUCGGCCAGUGAUGGAAAUGAUUUUGGUUCGCUGUUUGACCUGGAACAUGACCUCCCAGAUGAGCUCAUCAGUUCCUCAGACCUGGGUCUGACCAACGGAGGGGAUGUCAGCCAACUCCAUACCAGUCUGGGUGGACUCGGAGGAGGGCUUGGUUUGGGAGGCCAGGAUGCAGCUACGAAACACAAACAGCUGUCUGAGCUCUUGCGUGCUGGAGCACCAGCACAGCAGGGUGGCCCUACUACCAACAGCACAGUACCCGGGGCCUCCAUGGGGAUGAUGGGGGGUGUCAGUGUCUCCCCUGGUGGACCUCAAGGCAUGCCCCCACAGGGCCAGCAGCAGCCACCUGGAUUAAUGCAGCAGGUUGGGAUGGCUGGAGGGGUGGCAGCACUCAAUCGGGCAGCUGCCAUGAUGGGUGCCCAGAAGGGCAACACUGGACAGCAGCAGCAAGGCCUGAUGGGUGGCCAGGUGAUGAAUGGCUCACCAAGAAUGGGUUACCCUGGCAGUGCAGGCAUGGGUAACAGUAGUAAUCUGUUGGCGGAAACCCUCCAGCAGCAGCAGGGCAGUCAGCAAAUGGGACACGGGGGUCAGGCAGGGAUGAGACCACAACAACCCGGAGCACUGAACAAGAUGAGUAUGAUGGCCAAUGCGGGCUCCUAUGGUGGUCCGUACGGCCAGUCUGGCCAGGGGAUCCCUGGAGCAGGGCUGGGCCCACAGCUCCAGAACAAAGCGGGCCUGCCCAACAAUAUGGCCUCCCAGUUCAGCAUUGACAAGAAGGCACCACUAGGCCAAGGCAUGCCUGGGAUGCAGCCGGGAGGUGGUGUAUCCGUCGGUGGAGGAUCAGCAGCAGCAGCAGCGGGAGGCGCCCAGGUUGGGCUCAAUUCCGUCGGGGCUGGUCCCGGCACAGCACCCCCUACAGCAGACCCAGAGAAACGGAAGCUGAUACAACAGCAGUUGGUUCUUUUGCUCCACGCGCACAAGUGCCAGCGAAGGGAGCAGGCCAACGGGGAAGUGCGACAGUGCAACCUGCCACACUGCCGAACCAUGAAGAACGUGCUCAACCACAUGACUCAUUGCCAGGCUGGCAAGUCCUGCCAGGUGGCACACUGUGCCUCAUCCAGACAGAUCAUCUCUCAUUGGAAGAAUUGCACACGACAUGACUGUCCUGUAUGCCUGCCACUGAAAAACGCUGGAGACAAGCGGAAUCAGCAGUCUCUUGUUAACAGUGCAGGAGUCGGUUUGGUGAACUCUUUAGGUUCAGGGGUUCCUGGUGGACAGUCGAACACUCCAAACCUGAACCCUCCGAACCAGAUUGACCCCAGCUCGAUAGAGAGGGCCUACGCUGCAUUAGGCCUCACUUACCAGGGCAACCAGAUACCACAGCAGCCGUCACAGGCCAACAUGUCCAACCAGGGGCUGCCAGGUCAGCCUGGGAUGAGGAAUCUGAACACUAUGGGUGGAAACUCAAUGGGAGUGAAUGGUGGAGUUGGGGUGCAAUCACCCAACCAGCAGUCCAGCCUACUGCCAAAUGCCCUGUUGCACGGCAACAUGAAUGCACAGAGUUUGAUGAAUGAUGGUCUCGGGAGCCUGGGCUCUAUGCCCACGGCAACUCCUCCUUCUGCUGCAGGCAUGAGGAAGUCUUGGCAUGAAGACAUCACACAGGACCUCCGCAACCACCUUGUCCACAAGCUUUUGUGCAUGUGUGAGAGUAGUGUGCAGGCCAUCUUCCCCACUCCUGAUCCAGCGGCCCUGAAGGACCGGCGGAUGGAGAAUCUGGUGGCCUACGCUCGAAAAGUAGAGGGAGACAUGUACGAGUCUGCCAACAGUAGGGCGGAAUACUACCAUCUGCUGGCAGAAAAGAUCUACAAAAUCCAAAAGGAGCUUGAGGAAAAGAGAAGGACACGGCUCCAGAAGCAGGGCAUGAUGCCCGGCCAACCUGGCAUAGCCUCCCCAGGCCUCCCACAGGUGCCUCCCAGCAUGGGACAGCCGCCCAUGGUCCCUGGGCAAACCCUAAAUGGUCCUCACGCCGAUCCGUCCAUGGGCCGACCAGCUGGACCCAAUCAGAUGGUCAACAGGAUGCAGAACCCAGCAGGAAUGAACCAGUUUGCUCAGAUGGGGAUGCAGUCAAUGAGUCAGAGGUCUCCUCUUCCUCUGAAUGCUCCAAUGAAUCAGAUGGGUAUGGGAGCAGCAAGGAUGGGUCAGCCCAAUGCCACGCAGUUGCAGAACCAGUACCUCCCUCCGGGCCAGUUUCCUGGAUCCAGUCCUGGACGUGGCUCUGUCGGCACAAACCAGCCAGGAGUACAGACUGCUGUGCCACUGCAGAACCAGAUGUCAACGCCACCUUCGCUCCCAGCCAGCAGCCCUGCAGCACAGUCUGCCUCUUCUGCUCCAGGCUCUGCUACCCCUGUCGGCCCCAUGGGGUCUGGAAGUGCCAGUGGUGCUGGGUCUCUACCCAACUUGCCUCCAUCCUCGACCCCCACCCAGCCCAACUCCUACCCUCACUGCCCACCCAUACGAACAAACUCCCCUUCACCGGCGCGCAGCUUAACGCCUCAACCGCAUCAAACACCCCCAACGUUACCUCGAUCUCAGACCCCACAGCCACAGACUCCCAGUACACAGCUGCCCCUUCAGCAACACCAACAACAACAGCAACAGCAGCAGCAGCAGCAACACCAACAGCAGCAGCAGCAGCAGCAACAACAACACCAACAGCAACAACAGCAGCAGCCAUCGGGGCAGGCGGUGAACUCUGAGAAGACCAUUCAGCCUCCACAGCAGACGCUUGGCAGUUCGGCCUCCUCAGGCCCCCAGGGAGGUCAAGCUUCUUCGGUGCCUACCCAGAAUGCUCAUGUGCCAUUGCAGCGGCCGCAGACCCCACUAUCUCCGAAGCCUUCUCUGACAGCAGACGGUCAGGUGUCCUCUCCAGGCUCGGUCAGCAGCAGUGCCAAUCCCAGCUCCCAGCUCACUUUGGCGGACGGCCCUGCUCCCAGCCAGGAAGACGUCAAAAUGGAGGUGAAGAAGGAGGAAGAGGAGGACGAUGAAGGGGCCGACACUGAAGGAGAGGGCAAGGGGAAGAUGGGCAAGGGUCAGCAUGACGUGAAGACGGAGGAGAAACCAGAGAUAAAGAAAGAGAAGCCAUCAGGAGAUGGGUGUAAAGGUGAGCCCAUGGAUACGUCUUCAUUCUCGGUGUCGUCGUCAGUAGCAACAGGUGAAGACAAGAAGCCUGAGGUGAAGAAAGAGCCCAAAGAGGAAGAGGAGGGGUCAGGGUCAACUUCCAACAGCGGCUCCCCAGCCAGCGCUCAGAGCAAGAAGAAAAUCUUUAAGCCGGAGGAGCUGCGUCAGGCUCUGAUGCCCACCCUGGAAGCUUUGUACCGGCAGGACCCUGAGUCCCUUCCCUUCCGUCAGCCGGUGGACCCCCAGUUACUGGGAAUACCCGUACGUAUUCGAACUAGUAACAAAACUAACCUGGACUACUUUGACAUUGUGAAGAACCCCAUGGACCUGUCGACCAUCAAGCGGAAGCUGGACACAGGACAAUACCAAGAGCCUUGGCAGUAUGUCGAGGAUAUCUGGCUGAUGUUCAACAAUGCCUGGCUGUACAACCGCAAGACGUCCCGCGUCUACAAGUACUGCUCCAAGCUGGCUGAGGUGUUCGAGUCGGAGAUCGAUCCCGUCAUGCAGGGCCUGGGAUACUGUUGUGGAAGGAAGUUUGAGUUUUCCCCCCAAACUCUAUGCUGCUAUGGAAAACAAUUAUGCACCAUCCAACGUGACGCUGCUUAUUUUAGCUACCAGAACAGGUACCACUUCUGUGAGAAGUGUUUCAACGAAAUCCAGAACGAGAGCGUUUCCUUGGGGGACGACCCCUCCCAGCCUCAGACGUCCAUCAACAAAGACCAGUUUCAACGAAAGAAGAACGACACACUCGACCCCGAGUUACUCGUGGAAUGUAUUGACUGCGGUCGUAAAAUGCACCAGAUCUGUGUCCUGCAUCAUGAUACCAUAUGGCCGUUGGGCUUCGCAUGUGACAACUGCCUCAAAAAGGCUAACAAGACGCGGAAAGAGAACAAAUACGCAUCCAAAAGACUUCCUCACACCAAGUUGGGGUGCUAUUUGGAGACACGAGUGAACGAUUACAUCAAGCGGCAUAACCUCCCUGAGUCUGGUGACGUCACCAUCCGUGUGGUCCAUGUGUCGGACAAGGUAGUCGAGGUCAAGCCAGGCAUGAAGUCCAGGUUUGUUGACAGUGGAGAGAUGUCUGCGUCCUUCCCAUACAGGAUGAAAGCCCUGUUUGCAUUUGAGGAUGUCGACGGAGCGGAUGUGUGUUUUUUCGGCAUGCACGUUCAAGAGUACGGCUCAGACUGCCCGCCCCCCAAUCAAAGACGAGUGUACAUCUCUUACCUGGACAGCGUGCACUUCUUCCAACCUCGACUCAUCAGAACUGGCGUCUACCACGAGAUCCUAAUAGGCUACCUGGAGUAUGUCAGAAGGCAGGGGUAUACAACAGGUCAUAUCUGGGCCUGUCCACCCAGUGAAGGGGAUGAUUACAUCUUCCAUUGUCACCCAGCGGACCAGAAGAUCCCCAAGCCAAAGCGGCUGCAGGAAUGGUACAAGAAGAUGCUGGACAGGGCUGUUGCGGAGCGCAUCGUCCACGAUUACAAGGAUGUCUUCAAGCAGGCUACAGAGGACCGUCUGACCAGUGCCAAGGAGCUGCCGUACUUUGAGGGCGACUUCUGGCCCAACGUACUAGAGGAGAGCAUCAAGGAGCUGGAGCAGGAAGAGGAGGAGAGGAAGAGGGAGGAGAACAGUACCUCCAAUGAGAGCACAGAUGUCACAAAAGGAGACAGCAAGAAUGCCAAAAAGAAGAACAAUAAAAAGACGAGUAAGAACAAGAGCAGCAUGAGCAGAGCCAAUAAGAAGAAACCCGGGAUGCCCAAUGUUUGCAAUGACCUUUCCCAGAAACUCUACGCCACCAUGGAGAAACAUAAGGAGGUCUUCUUUGUAAUCCGACUCAUCGCUGGCCCCACCGCCAACUCGCUGCCCCCCAUCACUGAUGCUGACCCCCUCAUGGCCUGUGAUCUAAUGGAUGGCCGCGACGCCUUCCUAACUCUAGCCAGGGACAAGCACCUGGAGUUCAGCUCUCUCAGGAGGUCCAAGUGGAGCUCCAUGUGUAUGUUGGUGGAGCUGCACAACCAGAGCCAGGACCGCUUCGUCUACACCUGCAAUGAGUGUAAACACCAUGUGGAGACACGCUUCCACUGCACUGUGUGCGAGGACUAUGACUUGUGCAUCACUUGCUACAACAUUAAAGGUCAUGAGCACAAGAUGGAUAAGCUGGGGCUUGGACUGGAUGAUGACAGCAACAACCCGGCAGCAGCAGCCACCCAGAGCCCCGGAGAUUCGCGCCGUCUCAGCAUCCAACGCUGCAUCCAGUCGCUGGUCCACGCAUGUCAGUGUCGCAACGCCAACUGCUCCCUGCCGUCCUGCCAAAAGAUGAAGCGUGUUGUCCAGCACACAAAAGGCUGCAAGCGCAAGACAAACGGCGGCUGUCCCAUCUGCAAGCAGCUCAUUGCGCUGUGCUGCUACCAUGCCAAACACUGUCAGGAGAACAAAUGUCCCGUCCCGUUCUGCCUGAACAUCAAGCAAAAGCUCCGGCAGCAGCAGCUGCAGCACCGGCUCCAGCAGGCUCAGAUGUUAAGGAGGAGGAUGGCCAGCAUGCAGAGGGUGGGGCAACCAGCCGGAGGGCCACCGGGAGGACCUGUGGUAGGACUUCCAUCCCCAGGGAACAAUGUUUCCACGGCACCCAGUACCCCAACCUCUGGUGGAACACAACCCCCAACACCCCAGACCCCGACUCAGACCAUGGCUCCAGGCACACAGCAAGGAAUGGGCCCUGGACCUGGAGUUCAGCAGCAACAGCAGCCAGGUGCCAUGCCCCCACAAGGUGGCAUGCCUCAACACCCUCAACACCCUCUUCACCACCAGUUCCAGCAGAUGGCAGGUGGAGGAGGUGGGCCUGGUGGGAUAAUGAGCUCUCCGCAACAUCAGCAGCAGAUGCUUUCUCAGGUCCAGCAGCAAAGUGGAGCAGGGACCAAGCCUCAACAGCUCCAACAGCACCCCAACAAUUUGCCUCCAUAUGCCAGCAGACCCCCAGGCUCCUCCCCAAUACAUCAAUCCCAGGGUAAACCAGUCCUUGGCUCCGCAACGCCCCCCCAGCAGCAUCUUGGUGGCGCUAUCAUGGCUGGAAGUGUUGGGGGCCAACAACCUCCCAGCCAGCCCCAGGGCCAGCCUUCCCUUUCACAGCAGCAACAGCAUCCUUCUGGCCCUCCACCGGCAGCAGUAGAAAUUGCCAUGAAGAUCCAACAGGUAGCUGACGCUCAGAGGAAGAUGGCUCUGCAGAGACAAGCAGCUGCAGGCUUGAUGCCUCUUCACCCGCACCAUCA